ACAGCCCAAACAUUUAUUCGUUAUGUAGGUAACGAAACGUUUGAUUUAUUGCUAACCACAAAUUUUAGACGUUCAAUGAUUGUUGUGAAAUUUCAUAUUUAUCUUCAACUGAAAUGGAUUGGAAGGGGCUCAUCAUCUUUAUUAUUGUCAGCUAUUUAAAUACAGUAUCUCUUCAACGUGAGGUUGUUUAUAAGCCAACAGAGUUUCCAUACUCGAGAUGCUUCAAAAAUGGUACAAACCAAAUUUCCUGUGAAAACCUUAACAUUAGUAAAGAAAGAAAGGAAAAGCUGAGCAUGUGGCCACCAGGGCCAUACGCAAUACCUAUGUCCAUAUAUGGCUGCCCGGAGUCACAAUCGCGAGGAUGGCUGAAAAGCUCUUUGAUUGCCGAUAUGACACUCUAUGAUAUCGAGUUUGGGUUCGAUAAGUCGGUUUUUGACAAAUUCUUUGGUGAUUACUAUAGCUCGUCAUACCAUGCGGAAACAUCAAUGAUGACGCUUCAGUUUUGUGUAAAAAUCCGAAAUGAGGUCAUGCUUGAUAAAGGGCAAUGGAUUCCAGGAAAUUACAGCAUUUAUAAAAUCGGCGUAUCAUGCCCCUCAGAAUUUCAAGAAUCUAGUAUACAACUUCCUACAUUUGAAUUUAUGUCAUAUGGUGUUGUUCCAAAUAUUACAGUGUCUGAAGAAGGCCAUUCAGAAGAGUUUUUGACGUUAUCGGUGUGUAAAAAAACGAAUUUUACGGAAACCGGAGAUUCUUAUGCAAAUGUAUCAUUCAAAAUGUUGGAAACUGACUUCAUUCUUGAAAAGGAUCCAGAUACAAAUUGUCCCCAAUUUGACAUGGCAACAGUGUCGCAGAAAUUUACAUACUGUUUUUAUAACCCAACAGUUACGAACAUUGAUUAUGAAUCGGCAACAGGAAAAAAACUCAACUAA